AUGAAUAACUCUGUGCAGAACCAAACUGGUGCGAACUGGAGAACGGAAUCAGUUAUCAUUUCUCUGGUCUUCUCGCUCAUCUUCUUCGUCGGUACCUUGGGGAACGGAUUGGUCCUCACUGUCCUCCUCUGGAACGGACAGAUGAACACCAAAACAACAAACCUAUUUAUUCUGAACCUCGGCGUGGCAGACCUGUGCUUUAUAGUGUUCUGCGUACCUUUUCAAGCCACUAUCUACACUAUGGAUGAAUGGGUAUUUGGACCGUUCUUGUGCAAAAUCGUACACUUUAUCAUCUACCUUACCAUGUAUGCCAGCAUCUUUACGCUCACCGCUGUGUCGUUGGACAGGUAUCUGGCCAUCCGCUACCCUCUCCGUUCCAGGGAGAUGAGGACCCAUCGUAACGCCCUGACGUCCAUCUGUGUGGUGUGGGGUUUGUCCCUGGUCUUCUCUGGCCCGUACCUGAGCUACUACCGACAGAUGGACCUGGACGGCACCGUGGUUUGCAUCCCCGCCUGGCAGUUCCAGGACAGGCGCCUUAUGGACGUCUGCACCUUCUUCUUCGGCUACCUCAUCCCUGUCCUCACCCUCAGCCUGACCUACGCCAGAACCAUCCGUUACCUGUGGACCACAGUGGACCCCAUGAAGGACAUGUCUGAGUCCAGGAGAGCAAAGAGGAAAGUCACCAAGAUGAUUAUUAUCGUAGCGGUGCUCUUCUGCCUCUGCUGGCUUCCCCAUCACCUGGUUAUACUGUGUAUGUGGUUUGGUCACUUUCCGCUAAACCACACCACCUAUAUACUCCGUAUUCUCUCUCACCUGGUGGCCUAUGCUAACUCCUGCCUCAACCCUAUAGUGUAUGCCCUGGUGUCCAAACACUUCCGGAAGGGAUUCCGGAAGGUGUUUGACUGUGUGUUGAGUAAGAGGGUGGUGAACCGGGUGCAUGUGUUUCAGGCGGCGCAUGUGGUCAGCACGGUGGAGGUGGGGUCCAGUGAGACGUCCAAUCAGAGCCUGGGGUCACAGCGAGGAGAUAGUGCCGGACUAACCACAUCUGGGGCCCUGGGCAAGAAGAAUUUGGAGGCCCCGCUCAUGGCAGUGGAGAGAUUUUCUUUUUAA